GCAUCAGAGAGGGUGUUAACCCAGUCAAACAGGCCAGGACCGCCCGUGCUAGACAGGAUUUGGAGUUGGUGCUAUGGUCUGCAGCUAAAGAAGAAUGGCGUUGGAGUGUUUUGCCUAAUUUCUUCUGGUUUCAGCUGCAGCUCCAGCCCGGUACCAGGGUGUGACACAGCCGGAGCUGAGCAGGUUAACCACCUGAUCUCAGCAGACAGACCACCAUGUUUGUGUCAAUCGUUCUGCUGUGGAUCUCCAUUUGCUUCAUCCUCCUUCUACUUAAAUCUCGGAGACCCAAGAAUUUCCCACCCGGACCCCCAGCCUGGCCCGUCCUGGGGAAUCUUGUGCAUCUUACCUCAGAGGAUCCUUUGAUGAACUUGGAGAAACUGAGACAGUCUUACGGAAACGUCUACAGUCUGUUCCUCGGUUCCAAGCCAGCUGUAGUCAUCAACGGGGUCGAGGCGAUGAAGGAGGCGAUGGUGACCAAGGCUGCUGACUUUGCUGGAAGGCCUCAAGACUUGUUUGUCAGUGAGCUCACUCAGAGGAAAGGUACGAUCAUGGCUGAUUACGGCUCAACCUGGAGGGAGCAUCGCCGCUUUAAUCUGAUGACUUUGAGGAACUUUGGUCUUGGAAAGAAUUCUAUGGAGGAUCGAAUUCAUGAAGAGCUGCAGCACACCGUUAAAAUCCUGGACCAGAGCGCUGGUGAAACUCUGAGUCCUCAGGUUAUGUUUCAUAACGUCGCCUCCAACGUCAUCUGUAAGAUUCUGUUUGGUACGCGUCAUGAGUACGAUGAUGAAAGCAUCAAAGUGAUGAUUCAGUGCUUCACUGAGUUGAAUAAAGUAGCAAAUGGACCUUGGGCCAUGCUCUACGACUCUGUUCCUUUAGUUCGGUUCCUGCCACUGCCGUUCAGAAGGGCCUUCAAGCUGAUGGAGACUUUUCUGAGUUUUGCAGUCAGUCGGGUGAACGAGCACAAGGAGAGCAGAAUCCCCGGAGAACCACGAGAUUUCAUCGACUGUUACCUGGAUGAGCUGGACAAGAAGAACGACGAGUCAUCGUUUUCAGAGGAACAACUCGUCAGACAGCUGUUUGAUCUUUACCUUGCUGGAACCGACACCACCGCCAACACGCUCCUCACAGCGUUCCUCUACCUGAUGAAUCACCCUCAAAUACAAGAGCGAUGCCAGCAGGAGAUCGAUCAGGUGUUAGGAGGAAAGGAUCGGGUCACCUUUGAGGACAGACACAACAUGCCUUACAUGCAGGCUGUGAUCCAUGAAGUCCAGAGAGUCGCCAACACGGUUCCACUCAGUGCCUUCCACUGCACAACUAGAGACACAGAACUGUUGGGAUACUCCAUUCCCAAGGGAACGAUGAUCAUCCAGAACAUGAUCUCUGUGCUGAAGGAGGAGGGUCAGUGGAAGUUCCCUCAUGACUUCAACCCUGAGAACUUCCUGGACGAGCAGGGGGAGUUUGUCAAACCAGAGGCCUUCAUGCCUUUCUCUGCAGGAUCUCGGGUGUGUCUUGGAGAAGGUCUGGCUCGUAUGGAGCUCUUCCUCAUCACCGUGACUCUUCUGAGGAAAUACAAGUUCAUCUGGCCGGAGGACGCUGGUGAACCAGACUACACGAUGGUCCUUGGAGGAACUUCAACUCCAAAACUUUAUUCCAUGAAGAUCCAACUGAGGUCCACUCAGUAAAGUCCUGCUUGUUUUUUUUUUUUGUUUUUCUGCAGGAAACUUCAUUUUUUUCUUUGCCUCCUGUUUCUGUCCCAUUACUUUCCAGUUUGCUUUGUAAUAGACAGAAAAUUUAAAUUUCAUCAGUUUUGGGAUUUCUAGUCUAUCAAGUUUAAAACAGGGUGUAAAUAAAACAAUUACUUAGGUUUUACAGUGA